GACGAACUGGCUAGGAGAAUCAUAUUAUAAAAUUAGAUGAAAAAAAGGUAUAUAAAGGCAUAGAUCUUAGAAGCGACAACAUUCAAGUUCAUAAGCCGUGAAGAUAAUAACAGCAAUGCGUGUUCUUUUGGUACUUUCCUUGGCGCUGGUCGCUGCUUACGCAGCUGAAACCUUCAGCCCUAGCACGACUCCCUACCCAGUGACUCGUGCUUCAGCUACCGCAUCAGUGAGCACCUACAACCCCUCCCGAUACUAUACCGGCAGAGUCACAAACGCACCCACAUACAACAACCCCGGUCGCUACGAAGCUGGUCGUUACGACCCCGGCCGCUACGACCCUGGCCGUUACAACCCUGGCAAAUACGACAGUUCAGGCCGUUACAUCCCUGACAACUCUGGUGCCUACAACGGAGACCGUGGUGACCGUGGUGGUGCUGGUGGCUUCUACUCCGGCUCAUCUGACAAGGGAGGUCCCGGCGGUCCCGGUGGUUUCUACAGCGGCUCCUCUGACAAGGGAGGUCCCGGUGGCGCUUACGUCGGAAACAACGACGAUGCAGGCAAAGGCGGAAAUGCUGGAGGAAUUGCUCCCGUCGUUGUUGAAGAAGAGAAGAAGACCCCAGAGGUCGUCGUCAUCUCAUCCACCGCAACUGUUUCCAACACCCCCGUUUACACGACCUACGUCAAGCCCACACCAGCUUACGUGCAAGUCCCAGUCAACACUGGAAACUACGAUUACAAAUACGGAAUCAUCCGUCAAGAAGGCGAUGUUCUUCCCGAUGGUUACCACUACCUGUACGAGACUGAAAACAAGAUCCUCGCUGAGGAAGCUGGCCAAAUUGAAAAGGUUGACAAUGAAAGCGAAGGUAUGAGGACUAAGGGUUUCUUCGAGUACGUCGGACCUGACGGUGUCACUUACAGAGUUGACUACACUGCUGACGAGAGAGGUUUCUUGCCCAGCGGCGCUCAUUUGCCUUAAGAUAUCUAGUCUAUAGUAUUUACAAAUGUUACAGCUACUCCGUGGUUGAUAUUUUCAGAUUGAAAAUAUAAAAUUAGUACAAAUAA